GCGCUUGUGUUCCGGUUCGAGGUGUUUGGCCAGCCGGUGCGGAAUUUGAAGAACUUCGAGGAGGGCGUGUUCAGUGGCCUCCUCAAGCCAGGCAUGGACGCGUGUCUUGAGGAGCCCAAGGUGAGCACCGUUAGUGUGUCAAUGCGCCAAGCCCCGCCACAACACCGCCCUCAAGACGACCACAAGGUAGUGCGCCUUCUCCGCGCAUCUCGCAACCGCCUGGCCCGGUUGGUGUGCCUCGGACAGGCGAAGAAUGCCGCACCCGCGUCUGCACUCAAGGCGAGCCUGAGCAACACGGACACCCGGUCUCUCACGCCGCACAAACGCGCUUCUUGA